AUCACAGUUGAGGGAGUGAGCUUGGGUGGUUCAGGGUUGUUUUCUCCUCAGCAAUAUCCUUUCUAUCUUGAGCCACGGAGUCAGAGCAAGAACUGGAAACACCUUUCACCCCUUAGCUUUAGGGGAGCAGUUUCCUUCCUUUAAAAAGGAGCAGGGCAAGACAGAGCCAUCAGCAAAAGUCGACCAUGGCCAAUGAAAAGAGUGCCACUGCUCGAUAUUUUGAAGAUUUUUUUGCUUCUAUUAAAGAGAAGGAUAAUAAGGAGCUGAUGAUUAGUUUCAGAGGAGUGCUGUAUCCUGAACGCCUAUGCAGCCCUGAGACCUUUGAAGCGCUGGAAACCAUGGAAGCCAGAAAGGAUGAUGUCCUCGUAGUUGCUUAUCCAAAAUGUGGCACAAACUGGAUGCUACAUAUUAUGAAUGAAAUGAAAGCUGCUAUUCCAAGUUACAAGGAUUUACCAUUACCCAGCCACUUCCAAAUGCUUGAAUUUGGACCCCCAGAAAAAGUUCAGAACAUGAAAAACCAGCCCUCGCCACGUAUUUUUGCUACUCAUCUCCUUUAUGAUGACAUUCCCAAGUCUUUCAUUCAAAAAAAGACAAAGAUAUUGGUGAUAUUUAGAAAUCCCAAAGAUGCGGCUGUAUCCUUCUUCCAUUUUUACAACAAAAAUCCUGUGCUUCCAAAUGUCGCUUCAUGGGAUGAAUUCUUUCCAAUGUUUAUGCGAGGAGAAGUUUGUUUUAAGUCCUAUUUUGACCAUGCUCUUGCUUGGAACGAACAUAUAGAUGAUGAAAAUAUCAAGAUCAUCACAUAUGAAGACAUGAAAGAAAAUCUUUAUGAAGAAAUGAAACAAAUAGCUGAGUUUUAUGAGUUUCCCUUGCCUGAUGAAACAAUUAGGUCUUUAGCCACCAAAGCCACAUUUCAAGAAAUGAGCAACAAAUCCAAUGAAACCCAUGGCUCAUUUGCUCCUGUCCUUUUCAGGAAAGGUGCAGUGGGUGACUGGAAGACAUUGUUCACUGAAGCUCAGAGCAAGGAAAUGGAUGCAAAAUUUGAAGAGUGUUUAGCAGGAACUAAACUGGGUACUAUGCUAAAAUAUGAACAAUACUGCACAUUUUAAAUUUUGUAACAUCAGAAAUGCUGUCCUAAGGAUGUAAGUCUCUUCAAAAUGGCACUGCAAAAGCAUGGCAUUGUGCUUAUUAGUUAUCCAUUUUCUAAAUGAAAAUACAGUAAUUAAAGUGGAACUGAUGUCUAUGCACAGAAAAUUAACACACAUGUAUAUGCACACAAGAGAGAAAUUUAUAUAUUCAUGUUUAUGUAUCAUUAAAAAAUUCUGGAGCAGCA